AUGUCUAAAAAAGUAAUUCUUCCGACGGCGGCAUCUCAUCGGCGGCAGCCGCUGCUGCUGCAGCAGAGUGAGAGCUACCGGAAGGCGGGGACGCGGGUCAUGGGGGAGGCGGUGGGCGGCACCGCCGCCGUGUGCUGCUGCUUCUCCUUCGGCCUGGCCAACAUUAUGUACCUAGCGAUGUACAAGGUUCCGGCGAUGCUGUGCCAGAAGGCGCUGCGGAGGAAGCGGCGGAGCCGCCGCCUCCUCCUCCUUCAGACCAGGGAGGAAGCAGCGGCGGUCCCGUCGCGGCCGCGGUGCACCUGCGGCUGCUGCGAUGACAUCAUCAGCGCCGGGCGGGUUUACCCGCUGUGCAGCAACGACGGCGGCGACGUGGCGGUGCUGCGAAGCCGUAGCUCGGUGGAGAAGGACAAGGAGGUGGUGGAGUUGGAGAAAGAGAUGUGGGAGAGGUUUUAUGGAAGUGGGUUUUGGAGAAGCCCCUCUCAGAGAGAAAACUCUUCUCCGCAACAAAGGAUUAAUGCCACCACUGUUUCUGCUCCUAAUUAUCUUCAGGUUCUUGCUGUUAAAAAUUAA